GAUUAGCGGUAACGUACGUUUUCUUAGCAACUGGUGAAAGUUUCCGAAGUCUGUCUUUCCAAUUCCGGAUAUAGGAGAGAGGACGUUGAGCAGCAUUGUUAACGAGACCCGGUCAAGCUUUGCACCAAGUGAUGAAGGACAAAUAUCCCAAGAGUCCCACUUCGCCAGAGCAGUGGCAAGCCAUAUCAGACGCCUUUGAGAAAAAAAUGGAAUUAUCCUUGCUGCAUUGGCGCAUUGGACGGCAAACACGUGGCUAUCGCACAACCCGACGGCACUGGCACAGAAUUCUUCAAUUACAAACACUUUUUCAGUGUCCUGCUGUUAGGUCUAGUAGAUGCUAACUAUCGUUUCAUCUAUAUAGACGUUGGGGCAACAGGACGUGCUGGUGAUGCUGGUGUCUUUGCUCAGUCGACUCUAAAGGAGGCAUUGAUAAGAGACAAGCUACAUUUGCCACUUCUGCCUCCAAAAAUGGUAUCCCUGGCAAACUCUCCUACCACAUAGUAGCGAAUAUACACAACGUCAACAACUAUGGGGAAACUUCGAAAGGGACACAACUGGAAGGCUAGACAGAUAACAGAGACUACUAUUGACAAUUCCGAGUCUAAAAAAAUCAAUGUUAAAGUGGACGACGUCACUGACAGAGCGGAAAACUACGAUGCCAGCAAUCCACUGGUUCUGCCUUCGAAGAAACGGAAAACGGCAGCGGUCGCUAGCGCGGCGCCUUUGCCCCUGAUCCUGAGUAAGAAGCAACGAAAAAAGCUGGAACGAGUGCUGCAACAGAAGGAGAAAAAAUCAAAGAGAGAAGAGUUACUCAAGUCCCUUGCUGAGGUUCAGGCAUCAAAGGAGGAGAUGGAAUUGCUGAUAUCAACCACCGGCAUGCAGACGAAAGGCGUGAAAAGGAUCGUCGAGGAGACGGAGACGCGGAUGAAGGCGAACGCUAUCGCCGGCAGCAACAAGCGACAAAAGACGAGCCCACCGCCGCCCGACGAACAAGAGAGCAGCUCGUCCGUGAGCUCAUCGGACGAGGACGAGGAAGAUGAUUGGAGGGAAGGCUUGCAGUGUAGGCAACGGACGGACGAAAACACUCGGCGGACGCCUGCGGAGAAGCGGAGGAACGGAGAAGUUUGGGAAGAGUGGAAGGAGAUUGCCACGCUCAGCAGCAAAGAACGCUGUCGUCGCGGGAAGCCAAGCUGAGAUGAAGAACUUGGAGGAGGAGGAGAAAUCGGAAGCGAGGAAAGCCGAGGACAGGAAACCCGCAGUUGGUUCUGCCCGUUGACCGCGAUUGAAACUCCCGAAGUUCAGGCAUCCCGUCUGGCGCUGCCGAUUCUAGCGGAGGAGCAGCAGAUCAUGGAGGCGGUGCACGACAACCCCGUCAUUAUCGUCUGCGGCGAGACGGGUAGCGGGAAGACGACGCAGGUGCCACAGUUCCUGUACGAGGGAGGAUACGCGAGUGGUAAGGGCAUCAUCGGCGUGACGGAGCCGCGCCGCGUUGCCGCCACCAGCAUGUCUCAGCGUGUCGGCAAGGAGAUGAGCAUGAGCAGUCGCGAGGUGUCGUAUCAGAUCCGUUACCAGGGCAACGCGACGGCGGCGACACGGAUCAAGUUCAUGACGGACGGCGUUCUGCUGCGUGAGGCGCAGAGCGACUUCCUGCUCACGCGCUACAGCGUCGUGGUCAUCGACGAGGCCCACGAGAGGAGCAGCUACACAGACAUACUGAUAGGCCUGCUGUCACGCAUCGUACCCCUCAGACACAAGAGGGGAAACCCGCUCAAGCUCAUCAUCAUGUCAGCUACCUUGCGCGUCGAGGACUUCACCGAAAACAAGAGGCUAUUCAAGGUCACGCCACCCGUGAUCAGGGUGGAAUCGCGACAGUACCCGGUGACGAUACAUUUUAAUAAGAGGACGCCCGAUGAUUAUUUAGCCGAGGCUUUCAGAAAGACGUGUAAGAUACACCGGCAGCUACCGGACGGAGGGAUCCUGGUGUUUGUGACGGGGCAGCAGGAGGUACACACGCUGGUUCGUAAGCUACGAGCGACCUUCCCCUUCUCCUCUUCCUCCGCCAGCACACAGAAGAAAGCGGACGUGAAAAAGGCGGACGUCGCAAAACAGAAGAGCAGCAAGCAGAUGACGGCGACAACGACGCAGCCUGACAUGGCGAAACGGUCGCCAGCGCCCCCUGCUGUCCUGCUGCCAGAUAUUAACCUGGACAGUUACUCCAUCUUGCCGCCGGACGAAGAGGAAGCAUACGAACUUGACCGAACGGACGCAGAUUCUGAGAUUGGGGACCUCGAUUCUGACGACGACGACGACGACGCCAAUGCCGGUGCUGCCACCUGCAGGGCGGAUGCUAGCAUGCCGCUCUGGGUGCUGCCUCUCUACUCGCUGCUUAGCCCCAAUAAACAAUCACAGGUGUUCGAACCGCCGCCAGAGGGCGCCAGGCUGGUCGUCGUGUCGACGAACGUCGCGGAGACGUCGCUGACGAUCCCCAACAUCAAGUACGUCGUUGACACGGGCAAGGUCAAGGUCAAACUGUACGACCGCGUGACGGGCGUGUCCUCGUUCAAGGUCGCGUGGACGGCGAAGUCGGCGAGCAACCAGAGGUCGGGUCGAGCCGGGAGAACGUCGCCCGGUCACUGCUACCGGCUCUACUCGUCCGCCAUCUUUAACGACGAGUUUGAGAGAUUCUCGCAGCCGGAGAUCCUCCGGCGACCCGUCGACGACCUUGUGCUGCAGAUGAAGGACAUGAACAUCGACAAGGUCAUGAACUUCCCGUUCCCGACGCCUCCAGCGGAGAAAGCCCUCAAGGUAGCGGAGCGGCACCUCGUAAAUCUCGGCGCGCUCUCGCCUCCGCCGCCGACCGGUCGCCGCAAGGUCGCCCUGCCAAGGUCAUCCGUGUUGUCGUCGUCGGGGAAGAUAACGCCGCUGGGUCGCGCAAUGGCGUGCUUCCCGGUGGCGCCCCGCUACGGCAAGAUGCUCGCGCUUGCGCACCAGCACGCGCUGCUGCCCUACGUCGUCGUCGUCGUCUCCGCGCUCAGCGUGCAGGAGCUGUUCGAGGAAAACUACCGGCCGCCGGCGGACGAUGCGGAGCAGGAAGCGAUGAAGCAGAUGCGCCUGAAGCUCGUUAACCUGCGCAGAGGCUGGGCCGGACAGGGUAACUCGCUGUUGUUAGGCGACCUCAUGGUGUUGCUGAAGGCUGUGGGAGCGUUUGAGUACGGCGGCGGGCAGCAGGAGUUCUGCGCGGCGAACGGACUGCGCUACAAGGCCAUGCUGGAGGUGCGCAAGCUACGCACACAACUCAUCAACGCUGUCAACACGGUGAUACCCGGAGAAGACUUGUAUUUCGACCCGAAGAUGGCGCCACCGUCGGAUCUUCAGGCAAAACUUCUGAGGCAGGUGGCGCUAGCGAGCCUCACCGAUCGCAUCGCCCGCCGGUGGCCAGAUAGCGGAAUAAACGAUCCUGAGGAACGGAAGAGACUGAGAGGAGCUUAUCAGUGUCAGGAGCUUGCGGACCCGGUGUUCAUGCAUCCAUCGGCUGUCCUCUGUCGCAAACUCCCGCCUUCGCAGUACAUCAUCUACCAGGACAUCGUGGAAACGAGCAAGAUGUUCGUUAGAGGCGUGGUAGAGAUAGAGGUAGACUGGAUUCCCCUCUAUGCUCCGUCGCUGUGCACCUUCUCCAAGCCGCAGGAAGAGCCAGCUCCGAGGUUCCGCGAGUCGGAUGGCGUCGUCGUCUGCCACAUGUCUUGCAGCUUCGGUAGAGGCUCCUGGCAGAUUCCAUCGACAGAGCUGCCAUACCCCGUCGGACUGGACCGCUAUCGCUGGUUCGCGCGUUUCCUGCUAGAGGGCGGGGUGUGUCCCAAGCUGCGAAAGUUUGCGGCGGCCAUGUUGACCUUGCCCGCCACGAUGGUGAAGAGCUGGGCGAAACUCCAGCCGAAGACAGAGGUGCUUCUAAAGGCCCUGGUGGCAGAGAGCGUAGACUGCCGCGACAGUCUACACGUAGUCUGGCGCCGCGACACGAAGUUCCUGCUCGCUACGUACUUGGACUGGUUGCCGGAGUCGCUGUCAAACGAAGUGAGGUCCAUCUGGCCUCCGUUGUGACCGGCAGUGUAGAUUAUAGUACGAAUAAGUGCUUGGUAGUGAAAGACGAAGUUAACUUAUCUGCCCGGCACCCGUUGCCGGAAUCAAAAUUGGUCCUAAUAUUAACUUUUUCACAUAGACCUGCAUGACCUCUAUACAAUGUGUACAAGAAACUCGUAACUCUAGGAUGUUUCUGACAACAGGCCCGUUGAUUGAGUGCGUGUCUGUAGUGUUUCGCGUGUGUUGUUACGGAGUAAUAUCAUUUUAAUGUAUUGAUUAGGUACGGCCGGAUGUAUUAAUAGUGGACAAAUAGAUUUUUUCUGUGCAGUACUGCUGUGAGCAUACGUACGGGGUACGUACCAGUUGUAAUACGUGUAAAUAAACUAUAUCUUAUUAUAUUA